CUUAUUAUUUCUAGAGGAAUAAAUAAGACAUGAGUGUGUCACUCAGCUCAUUUCCUAAUAAGUACUAGAAUAAAUCUUUCAGGAUAAAUUUGUGCGAUUAGUUUAACAAUAAGGUAUGCUGUAAUAUUUUAAGUCCUUAUUAGUAUUGAAUCAUCUCAAGUCUACUGUUCAUGGUUCUUUAUUCUCACUCAUACACCUCAAGUAGGCUCUUUGCCAUCCAUUAGUGUUUUCAAGGAUAGUCUAUAAGUUUCUUUUCUGGAGUAUCUGUGACUUCAAGGGAACAAAGUUAGAAAUACACAAAAAGAUGUGGAAACCCACACAACUUGUGAGGACAGUGUGAUACAGUGAUUUGCUGUGGGUGAAGUGCUAUGCAUUGGUUGGUACUUUGAAGAGUAGUUUUUGAGAGUGUUGUGGUUUUGACCUGUUAAGGCAGCAGUAUAGAGAGCUGCCCUGUUUUGUUGUCAAAGUGUUUGUGCUGCAGGAUGGAAAGCCAUGGGAGCAAUGGUGAUCCAUGCAGUUGCUUGCAGUGACAUUGCUGGUGUAGCAGCCACAUCACAGCCCGGUAGAAUAUGCUUUUCAUGGCAUUGCUACUGAUGAUGGCCAGGUAAGUGAAUGGAUCUUCAGAAGCAGAGUUGCUAAAACUGAGAGAAAAUGGCAUAUCGAAGAGAUGAAAUGUGGUCUGAAGGGCGAUAUGACUAUGAAAGAGUUCCAAGAGAACGUCUCCCACCCAGGAUUCAUGGUGAUAGUGAUUACCAUAGAAUAGUAAACAUUGUGCCCAAGAAGCCACCACUGCUCGAGAGGCCGGGGGACGGGAAUUACAGUCGCUAUGACGAUUAUGGUCACGCUGAGUACAGAGACUAUGACGAGGGUCGCAGCUUUGCCCAUGACCGAAGAAGUGGCCCUCCUCACCGAGGUGAUGAAUCAGGAUACAGAUGGGCAAGGGAUGAUCAUCCUACAAGACCUGAAUACAGGGACGUCAGAGAUGGCUUCCGAAGAAGAAGCUUCUAUUCUUCUCAUUAUGUGAGAGAUCGAUCCCCUCAUAAGAGGGACUCACCGUUCUUCAGGGAAUCGCCAGGGAGCCGAAGGGAUUCUCCGCACAGCAGAUCUGGCUCAAGCGUCAGCAGCAGGAGCUACUCUCCUGAAAGAAGCAAAGCCUAUCCUUUCCACCAGCAUAGCAGAAGUAUGUCAUCUUUACAUAAAAGAAAUAUUUCUUCUCAGCAAGGUAAAGAGAGGACAGUUCAAUCACUGAAAACAUCAAGAGAUGCAUCACCUUCAGGGUCCACAGCCAUACCUUCAUCAAAGGCCUUGGAGAAGAGCAACAGACUUUCAGAAAAGGAACUUGCAGAAGCGGCGAGCAAGUGGGCAGCUGAAAAGUCAGAGAAGGCCGAGGAAAGCAAUUUACCUGAAAUAACAGAGUAUGAUGCUGGAUCUUCAGCUCCAUUAUACAUCAAACAAACAGAGGAAACAGAAGCAAAUCUAACAGAUAGUACAGAAUUAUAUGAGGACAGCCAGCUUCUUGGUCGUUCAAAAGCAAUUGCAACUAAGACAAAGGAGAUUGAACAGGUCUACAGACAAGACUGUGAAACCUUUGGCAUGGUAGUGAAGAUGCUAAUUGAUAAAGAUCCAUCAUUAGAGAAGUCCAUUCAGUUUGCCCUGAGGCAGAAUUUGCAUGAAAUAGGUGAGCGAUGCAUUGAGGAACUCAAACAUUUCAUUGCUCAGUACGAUGCUGCCAACCAAGAUGUACCAGAGUCUUUCAAAGAGGGCUCAUACUAAGGACAAAAGUGUGCUUUUGAGUCCUCUGCAUUGUGUCUGCCAUACUACAGAAAUCUGCUUUUUGCGGGGAAAGAGGAGCUCUU